AUGGAGGAAGGAGAAGAGGGAGAGGAAGUGGAGGAUGAGGAGAAGGAAGAGGAGGAAGAGGAGGAGGAAAGAGAUGAAGCAGCUGCUGAUGACGAAGAGGAGGAAGAGGAGGAAGAGGAAGCUGCUGAGGUGGAGCAAGAUGAUGAAGACGAGGAAGAAGAUGAAGGUGAACUGAAAGAGGAGGCAGCAGAAGAAGAGGUGGACAAAGAUGAUGAUGAAGAUGAAGAAGAAGAUGAAGUUUCUCCUGAACCUAUUUCCACUUCUGAGGAUGAAGGGUCAGCAGUGUCUCCUGAUUCUGAGUCUGACGCACCUGUUGAUGUCACAGACAGCGACGAGGACAGAACUCUACCUGAUGAAGAUGAUGACAAAGACGAAGACGAACUCGAUGAAGAUGACGCCAGUGAUGAUGAAAUCACUGACACCUCAGACGUCACAGAAUCUGCACUCCUUUCCAGUGAAGAGGAGGAUGAAGAAGAUGAUGAUGAAGACGAUGAUGAUGAAGACGACAGACUGGCCGAGGGUGUCGCAACAUCUGAUAGCGAUGAUGUCAUUGUAGAAGACAGUGAAACUGAUGAUGAUAAACUCACAGAGGAUCUUCCUCCUCUGCCUGCUGUCGAAGACGAUGAGGAAGAAGAUGUCAAAAGUGCUGAAGACACUGAUGAGGAUGAAGAUGAUGAUGAGGAUGAGGAUGAGGAUGAGGAUGAAGAUGAGGAUGAGGAUGAUCUGGACCAAUCAGAUGAGGACAUCUCCGUUGCCUCUUCUGAGCACUUUGCAGAUGAUGAAGAUGAUGAAGAAGACAGUGACCUCAAGGACGAUGAUCUUGACAAAGACAUCCACGUUGACCUCGAUGUUGAAGAUGAUGAUCGUGACAAACCCGAUGAUGUCACUGAAGAUGAUGAUGAUGAUGACGAUAAAGAGGAGGAGGAAGCUGACGUCCCUCCCUUUGAGAGUACAGACAGCGGGGUCCUAGGUGAUGAUGAUGAUGAUGACAUUGCUCUUAAAACAGACGAAGACUCUGUUGGAGAGACUGUCUUCAGUGAUGACAUCUCCUAUGACACAACUGAGGAUGAUGACGAUGAAGAGAAAGAUGAUGAAGAUGUUGAUACCAGUUCGUCUGAGGUCAUCUUUGAUGAGGAAGACAAAGAUCAGAUCAAAGAAACAUUUGUUGACACUGAAAAAGAUGAAGAUGAAAUCACAUCAGAAUCCUUAGCGAGUGAGGAUGAAGAAGAUGAUGAAGAUGAAGAUGAGGAAGAUGAUGAUGACGUUGAUGGCAUCUUGCUCGCAGCCACCACUGCAGCGGCGUUCACUGUCCAGCAGGAGGCAGCAAAGACAGAGGAAGACCAUGAUGAAGACGAGGAGGAAAUCAGUCAGGCUGAUGAUGAAGAUAAGACUGAGGAGGGUGAAACAGUCGUAACCAGUCAGCCUGCUGCUCUCGAGGAGGAGGAUGAGGGAGAAGAUGAAGAGCCGACGGCUGAAACGCAGAAAUCUGUAGAUGAACCAGAAGAUAAAAAAGAGGAGUACGACGAAGAUGACGACAAGGAGAAGGCGACGGUGGAUGUGAUUAAGCCUUUAUCUGAACCUGAAGCGGCGAAGACUGAACCCACAGUGUGUCCCUGUUUGCAUUCCGCCAAGAGCAAAGCAUCUGCCUCCAAGACCACAGAGAAAAAAGAAGCUCCCAGGAGGGUUUCAGCUGUGAGGAGGAGAAAAGACCGUGAAGCUGUGAGGACAGAGGAAAAGCCCAAACGGAAAGCUCUUCCCAGAAUUGCAGAACUGGAUCCAAAAAUCAGGAGGAUCAGGAGGAUUCCUGCUCUUCUGAGAGCCAAGAGGCAGGAGAAGAGCAAAACUUCCAAAGCAGAGACAGUGACUAAAAAACAAGAAGAAGUCACAGAAUCUGGACAAGAAGUUGGCCCCUGCAGACCUGCACCAGUGUACUGCCCCUCCCCUCCUGGUUGGUACGUUCAUCACAUCGUCACAGACAACCCGUACCCUCCUCCCACCAUGUCAGCUCCGUCUGCCCCUGUUUUGACCGUCCAUCCCGGAGCUCCACCGAUGCAGCCUCUUUAUCAACAACAGCCACCUCCACCGAUGCAUCCGCUCUAUGCACAAUAUCAACCAUAUCAGCCGCCACUGCAGCCAGAGGUGCAGCCUCAACCAGCUGUGCAGCCAGAAGCUCCAGGACAGGAGGCUCCUGUUCAGCCUGAGGCCCAGACUCCAGCUGCUGAAGCUCAGCCGGCUGCAGCUUCUCUGCAGGAACCAGUGACUGCUGAGGAAGAGGUGAAGGCUGCCUCCACCAAGAAAGCUGCAAAGAAGAAACCCAAGGCUGCUGAUUCAGAAAAAGAGCCAGCAGCAGCCAAAGAGAAAACAAAGAAAGAUGCUGCUGUUUCAAAAGACAAAACGAAAUCAGCCGCUGCAAAGAAAGAGUCAGCUGCAAAAAAAGCGAAAACCAAAAGUCCUACAGUAGCUAAGAAAGAGCCGGCAGUGAAAGAGAAAACCAAAAGGGCUGCAGCUGCUAAGAAAGAGCCUGCAGCUGUACAACACAAGAGGAAACCAGCCCCUGAAAAGACAGUGUCGCCUGUCAAGAGCAGGGCCAAGGCAUCUACAGCCAAGAAAGAUCCAGAACCACGUCCACACCCGAUCCGACUGAGAACGAGACUAGAAACUCUGAAGAGAGCGAACGUAACCUCUCCGGCCAAAGAGACGAAACCUGUCAGAGCUUCACCUGAACCAGGCAAAGCUGGAAAGGCUGAAAAGAAAUCUGUCAGAGAGGCUCAAGAUAAAGAGAAAAAACUACCACAACCUAAAGAGCCCCAAACUGAAGACAAUACCACAGAACAGAAGAAACCAGGCCAGAGAUAUUUCCAGUGCAUUUAUGUCCCUGGCAAAAAUGCACAGUACCCCUUACGACCUUUCACCCCAGCUAUGUCCCCCACCAUGAUGUCCCCUGCACUCAAGUCCAUGUUGGAGCAGCAGAGAGCAGCCAGGACGUCGGGUCAAUAGGACAGCCUGACCUCUCACUUCAUAUCUGACAGCACUGCACUCCCAGACCAGCAGGGGGAGCUGUUUGAAUCUGUGGCAUCCUGAAAUUCAGAGAGCAGCCACAGACAGACCGAACUCUUUUGUAUUUAAUUUAUUUAUGUAUUUAUUUAUUUUCUCUCUUUGUGGUUGAGCUCCUGGGGUUUCUGCUGAUAUUUUCCCCUCACUUGAUGCUUCGCUGUGUGUUGCUUCACCAGAUCACAAUUACACCCUGAAUAAUAACUUCUUUAUUUAAAGAAAACUCUGUGUUGUAGCUGUAACUUCCCCAGCUUGUGUUUGUUGCUUAGCUGCAUCUGCAGCAGAUUAGAAAGUGUUGGGGGGUUAAAUCCCAGGAGCUCCCACAGUUGAUCCCAGCAGCCUCCCUGUCUCUGAUCAUGACAGUGAACAUCCAUCAUCAGUCUCGUCAGCAUGUGGGUCCAUGCUGAUGAGCCAUGAGACACGUCCAUAGAGAUAAUAUGAGGCAGGACUGAAGGAGAAGAAAACCACAUUAACUGCAUCUGUAUUAAACUGCAAGCCACAAUAUCCAGUUUACUCUCACCUGCGUUAUUUAGAUUAGAUUUGUAUAUUCUGAUAAAACAGCAGAGAAAAGAGCAGGGACACAAAUGUUAUAAAUGUAAAUAUUAGAGAUACGAAAUAACGUAUCUGGAAAAAAUCAAAUUUUUAUGAGAUUUAUUCUGAUGUCAGGUGUAAAUAACAUCCAGGUUUUUGUUUGUGACCUGAAGCAGUUUCUCACAUGUGGACUGAUACAACAUUAGGUUCCCAAAUACGUGUUUCUGAGCAGCUUAUCUUUUGAUGCUGCCAUGUUAGAUGAGACAAAUUUAGAAAGUCUUUCCUUAAACUUUAAAAAUCACUGAAGCCAAAAAUUCCAACAAAGAAGCUUUAGAUUUGUAUAAAUUUUAUCUUUAUCUUAAGAAAAAGGACAGUUUGUGGAUAAUUGUGUGUAAUUGUGUAUUUUAACACAUGUGAUCUUACAGUGGUGCUGGCUUAGACACAAAUAUCCAUUGUCUUAAACUUGUGUGUUCAGAGACAGGGAAUCUGUACAGGACGACUUUGACGUGACCAACUCAUGAGACGCUGUGAUGUCUGCUGCAGUGGGUGAAUGUCAUGUGUGUCAUGUUAAUCAUCAGCUUAUUUCUUUAUUAAGCCUGAUACGUCAUAUUUCCAGUUACCUCACUCGUUCAUAGCUCUGGUUUUGUACCUAAGCGACGACACUGCGUUGUUGUUGCUACAAAACUGUUGCUGAACAUUACCAGCAGUUUGCUAUUGUUGUCUUACUGAGUGAAAACCUGAUACAAGUAAGAACCAAAGGGGUUUUUCCACUGGGCUUAAAGCUGGGAUGAGACCCUCACUGGCCCAACAGUCCUUUCACAGUUACCAUUUCUAAGUUUGUGAUUGUACACAGCAAGAUGUCCAUCUGUGUGUUUAGGUAAUUUCACCUAGGUUACCUGAUUUAUAACAUGAUGAGACCGUACUGAUGUAUGAUUUAAAGUGACGCCUGUUAACUAAUGAGAGGCAAGUAUUUCCCAUGCCCAUGACCAAUAAUGAGGAGCGUCUUCCCUUUUGUAAAGGCUUUAAUUAAGCCUCACUCCAGGGCCAGACUGUCUCCAGCCUACCUGCAUCAUCACCAGGAGGUUUUAAGGUGUGUUCACAAAGAAACCAUACGUGUAAAAGUUAACGUACAGGGAUAGUGAACUUCAAAUGUACCUUCAAAAUCACUGGUGCGGAUCAGGAUCUGAACUAAAGCAGUGAAAUGUCUGUUGUCCAAUCAGAGCUCGGCUGGUUGUUUGCUGUUAGCAUCCUGAACAUGUUGACCAUGGGCUCUGAUUUUCAAUUGUGAAUGUUUAACCUGAGGCCUGAUGUAAAUAAGUUAACAAGCAUGAAAUGAGGUCAAGCCCUCAACUUUCUGUCGCCCUGCAGGGUUUAGGUCAGCGGGCCUGAGAAAUGAUGAGUGUGAAGAGACCUUCAUGUUUCACGGCCAAACCAGAUCUGACAGCCAUUUACAGCAGCAGCUUCCUGAGCGUAUGUGGUUGUCGGAGCGGCUUUUAAAUCACACUUUAUAGGAUGUUUUAAAAUGAAUCGUUUUCCAGUAGGUGGAUACAGCAGUAGCCUGGCUGUGGCUCUUUGUCUGGAUGUCCUAUAAAAUGUGUGAUAGUAACAGAUAUGACUCAGAGUAAACUACAAUCUUAUAUGAGCAAAACAGGCUCUAAUCUAAUUUUACUACAGUGCAUGCAACACGUUUCAAAGUCUUCAUAACUAUUCCUGUGAGCCUAAAGGUGGAAUGGUGUGUUUAACCCUGAUUACAUGGUUUAAAUGGCUUUUUAUUUUUCUUUGAUCAGUAGUUUAUUCUGAAAUCACAGUUAGACAAAGACCGUAUAGGGUUGUUUGUCCUUAGCCUGAGAUGCAUACUACAGGCGUGGACCAGCAGCAGGUGUACCAGACCUUCGUCGUCAUGGUGCCAAUAAGAAACCUGUGGUUCAGGUUGCGGAAUGGCCACGGUUUGGUUAGGUUUAAGCACAAAAACGACUUAAUUUGACGUUCUUCCUUAAGGUUAGAGGAGUCACAAAGGUUUGCAGUGAAAGUAGUGGCUGAGUGCAACAUGCAACAUACAUGCAAUACGAAACUCAGCUCAACCUACUGUUCACUGCGUUAAUUUACUAAAAUGCAGUGAAGCCACCACAGCAGAAGGAGAGAAAUCUACAGUACAUGUUGUUACAGCAGCAGUAAGAGUGGAUUAAUGGCUGAAGGUGGAGGCUGGAUUAAUGCUGUUUUUUUCAUUUUACCCACUGAACAAAUAUGGUUUGAGGUUGUUUGGUUCUUUUAGACAGAUCACAUUUUUUUUGUUAAUGAUUUCUUAUGUAAUAUGCAUGAUAGUGUCAUUUAAACGGACAGCAACACAUUUUUGAGUUCUCCUCCUUAGUGUAGAACACACAGUCAGAUACUGUAUAAAGACUGUAGAUAUUAGUUUAUUUAGUUCUUAACCAUCUGGAGAAUAUUUGCUUCAUUAUUUCUCACACUGAACGAGAUAAACACAGAUUCAGACACUGGUUUGGCCCAAAAACUAUUUUUGUGUGUGUGUUGUUUUAAUUCAUCAUCAGACUGUGUUUCAUAAAGCGAAAGAAUGAACUACCUGUUGCAUGUAUUAUAAAGCAGAGAUGUAUAAUGUGAUCAUGUGAUAGGACAGGCAGCCUGACUCAGUCACGUUUUAGGAGCCAAUUAAUGCUGUAACUGACAUUUCAGGUUGCGUAAAAGGCGUCUGAGGGACGGCUCUGAGAAUGUCUGCUGUAUGUAGAACAUGUGGAGUCACCACAGCAGCUAUUGGGUCAGAAUUUGAAUAAACAUAUGC